AUGUCGUCUAAUGCGCAUCUACGCAAUCCUCCCCCAAUUCGCGCCGGUUCUCCAACCGCUAUUCAUCUUCCGUCCACAAAACCGGAAAGCCUUUCUACCAAUCCCUCUUCAGCUAUACAAAUAAAUCAGCCUGUUUCUUCCGCUGAUGUACCGUCCCAAAUGCGCCCGGCACAUCAGACUGUUAUUAUUCCGGCACCUACUACCAUUCCUCAAUAUUCUGGUACACCUUCUGAAAAAUCUCUCCAGUUUUUACUUCGUCUUCAGCACUUUGCUUCAAGCAUGUACGGCUGGACUGAUACUGUAUUACUGCAGGGUGUUUCUACCUUUUUACAAGCUACCGCUUUAGACUGUCCCAGCCAGAAGCUAGCCACUAUGGAACGUUGUAAUCAUGCUCAGCUUGGAAUUCUAGCGCAAACUUCUUGUACUAUUACACCUCAAGUCAAACCUGAUAAUGUCCCUGAUCUUACACACACCGACCUAACAUCUUCUCAGCGCCAUCAACUUAAGCAAUUAAUUCAACAUUUCCCGACAACACAUCCUGGUGCAAAACCUACCAACUCCCAGCCUUAUCUCAUGGCUCCACUUAAACAAGCUCAUGCAUCAACUGCAAUUGACGACAUGUUACACGAUGAUGUCAUCUCAUCGUCGUCUAGACCAUGGGCUGCUCCCGUGGUUCUUGCCCCCAAAAAGGAUGGUACUCUCCGUUUUUGUGUGGACUAUCGCAAACUUAAUGUGCUUACUGUAAAGGAUGCAUAUCCUAUCAAAUGUGAGUUUUGUCGCAAAGAACUGAAAUAUCUAGGACAUCUCAUUGCCCCUGACGGAAUAAAACCUGAUCCAUCACUCGUUUCCGCGGUUUAA